AUGUAUGUCUUCGGCGGGCAGAACGUCAGCAUAACCAUACACUCCCCUGAGACUAGUUUCAAUGACCUGUUUAGCUAUGACUUGGCUACCGACACAUGGACAGAGCUGACUGCGGCAGCCACCGAGCGAUCGAGGCACUCAGCCGUGUGGGACAGCAGAGCAAAGCGCAUGAUAGUCUUUGGCGGCGUUGAUGCUUCCGGAAUCAAGUUGGAUGACGUGCAGAUGUCUCUGGGCUUCCCGUAG